ACCAUAGACCCAGAAAAAAACGGUGUGUGUGCAGCAUGCCAGCUUGUGUGGACAGUGUGAGUGCUGUCUCGAAUACCAAAGGACACCUUCACUCACUGGUUCAACACAGGCAAGGAUUCUCUUUUCUCUUGCUACUGCCAACCUCAGGUAUGAGGACCUGCUUGGUAUUCAUUUGCUCACUGGCAGCAACAUUUUCCCUAUCUGUAAACAGUAACCCUCAUGGAAAACAUCAUGAAUUGCACAAGACUUCACACACAGCCAAAGAAAAGGAUAUCAUCACAGUGGAGGCCAACGAGCCACAGCUCUUACCCACUUUGGUCACGUUUGAGGCCAGCAGCCAGGAGCAGGAAGAUGAGGAACUGAGCUACCAAGACAAUGCCAAUGCCAACAAGGAGAAGGGAGAGUUUGAGGUGACUGAAAGGAGUGACAAAACAACUGCAGUCCUGCUGAGUGAAGAAGAGUUGGUCAACCUCCUGAAGAAAGAAGCAGAAGAAGAGCAGGAAGCAGAAGCAAGAGUGCUAGAGGAAGAAGAAGCUGAGACAGACAAAAUCAUACUAGAGUCUGGUGAAGCUGUGGAGACCAUUGAGGAUGAGGAGGAGGACAACUUGCACGACAAACAAGAAAUGCGAGAAGACAAUAAAGACGUGACAGAUGAGGAAGAAAAAGAAAUAGAGGAUGAGAGUGUUGGAGAUGCUGAAAUGCUGGAGAAAGAAGAAGGAAAGAUGGAAAGUAUGUCGCGCAAGGAAAAGGACAAAAAGUCUGAGCAAGGGGAUUUGCCAGAGGAAACAGAUGGUAGCACAGAGUCAGAGAUCCCCGUUGAUCUGGACCAUGCUGCGGAUAGUGGCAUCUUGCAACCUCUACAGAUUGUAUCCGCUAAAUUAAAACCUCACACUGAUGACACCCAGCUUUCUUCAAAAACAGAUGUUAAAGAGAAGGAAACCGGUGAGAAAGGACUGCCCACCAUUGAUGAUGUCUAUACACAAGACGUACAAAACACUGAGGCAGUGUCUGAUCAGGACGAAGAUCUCAAAUCAAAAGACGUCAAUGAGAAAGAACCUGUUCCAAAUGUGGAGCCUGGAGAACCAAAGACCAAUACAACGUUUGAAUUGCGGUCCCAACUGGCUGAAAAGGAGGAAGAGAAAAACAAGAAUGACAGCGAAGGUCACAUGAAGAGAAAGACAAGGAAGCAAAAGAAGAACAAGAGGGCAAGGAAGCACUCUCCACAGAGUGAGGGAACCCAGUCUGGACAGGAAGAAAGCCAACAGGAUCCCAAGGCAUCUGACAGCAGCAUUGGCAAUACAGCCCAAAAGGCAAAGAGGAGAAGGGCAGGAAAAUGGGGUCCUUUAGUAGGAAUGAAUCCAGUGCAGAUACGAGCCACAGUGGAUCUCUACCCCAGUUCCAGGCCCUCUCUGAGUGGAGGCAUGCAUCACCCAGAAGCCCCUGCUGAUCCAUGUGACGACUUUCCUUGCAAACGUGGAAAGACGUGUAAACUUGAUGCGGACAAUAAGCCAGGCUGUGUGUGUCAAGAACCAUCAGAAUGUCCUCCUAGUGUGAAUGAGUUUGAUCAUGUUUGUGGGACAAACAACAAGACAUAUGAUACAUCAUGUGAACUCUUUGCAACGAAAUGCAACCUUGAGGGAACUAAGAGAGGACACAGACUUCAUCUGGACUACACGGGGCCAUGCAAAUUAAUACCUCCAUGUGUGGACACUGAGCUGGUCCAGUUCCCUCUACGAAUGAGGGAUUGGCUGAAAAAUGUGCUGCUGCAGCUCUAUGAACAUGACUCCAUGUCUCCUGGCUUCCUCACUCCUAAACAGCGUUUUAGAGUGAAGAAAAUCUUUGAGAGUGACCGGCGUCUUCAUGCUGGUGAUCACUCCGUUGAGCUGCUAGCGCAAGACUUUGAGAAAAACUACAACAUGUACAUCUACCCGGUGCACUGGCAGUUCGCACAACUGGACCAACACCCAUCUGACAGAGUUUUGUCCCACUCAGAGCUGGCCCCACUUCGAGUCCCUCUGGUGCCGAUGGAGCACUGCACCUCCCGCUUCUUCCGAGAGUGCGACGCUGACAAGGACAAGCAGGUGUCAUUUAAAGAGUGGACUUCCUGUUUUGGUAUCAAUACUGAUGAUAUGGAUGUCAACCUUCUAUUUUGAGCUUCAUUUUGUCCUUCUUCUAAGCUUGUGAAGCUGCUCCGAUGAAGCCUUCAUGAACCUCUGUAACAUACAGAACUCUGACACGUACACAUUAAAGAAACUUGUUUUUCCCUUCUGCUAGAGAGAGAGUGUUGUUGGUCAUUGCUGUUAUUUUGUGUCAGGCUAAGCUUGGGCAUUUUGAUGUUUGUUCUGUAAUUAGAGUAAGCUGUUUAAAACAUUUUAUUAGAAAAUAAGAAUGUGUCAUUUAGCUGGGUUGGUUUUUAUCCAGAAACUGUUUUCUAAUGCAUUCCAAACUGGGGAAAAGUUUACGUCAGAUCAUUGGUAUAAAAAGUUGUUGUAUUGUAACAGACUUCAAAAGAACUGUGGUUUGCAUGUUAGAGUGAUUUAGAGCAUAAUUACUCCUUAAAUAAAGGUUAAGAAUGCUUUUGUUACAGUACGAAAUGUAAAACAAUAACUGUGUUUCUUAUCUGUUUGUCUCUGCAUGCCAUGUUUCAUUGUAGUUUUAAUUAAAGUUUUAUGGACGGCA